GCUGUAUUUAUUUUACAUUGGACUAUUUAACUUUGAGUUAAAAUACUUUGGACGAUGUUUCUUUAGAAAGUGUUGACCAUAUGUUUGCCACGCCACUGUCCAUUACUCAUCCUUGAACACGAUCUGUUGUCUCAUUUAACAGACACAAAGACAGUGGGGGAAAUUCGAAUUGCGUGAUUAUGACGGAAAUGUAGUAUGAUUUACCUCUACGUGCCUAGUCACCGACUAAUACCAGAAUUUCCGUUAAAAAAAUUACCCAGACAAGGUGAAGCAAAUUAACUUAAAAAUACCCAAAAUCGAAUCAAUGAAACCUUCAACAAAUACCAACAAACGAGUGAGAGUUAAAACGCUUCGUAGUAAAUGUUUGUGUGACAUAACCUCAAACUACACAUUUGAAAAAUAACAUGAAUUUUAUUUACAUCCUCUUCGUUAUCUCACAAGUCAAAUCCGAACUCGCAAACACUUUAGAACCACUGAUUGGUGUAAAUAAAUGUUGCGAAGAAAACGAAUUCUAUGAAGGGAAACACUGUACCAGGAUAAAUAAAACGGAACAACCAUGGAAGCCCAUGUUUUACAGCGAGGACGGCAAAACGAACAUUCAAGUCAAAUACAGACUGGUAACGGGUUUGCCAGACUGUGGGCCAAAGGCCCCCUGGCCCAUCUACCACUACGAAAAUUCAACCGACCGCCUUAGACUACUUUCAAACGGGGUUCUGAGGCAUUAUUUCGACCGUAAUAUUCCACAUGAGGACGAAUGGGACGGUGGUAGCAAAAAUUCGCUAUACCAUGACUACGAACCUGGCAAAUACUGUUUAGACAAGAGAGUCGACGAUAAACUUGUGAGUCAAUUUGCUCGCGUUUGUGCCCCUGAUCAUCACACACAUUGGACUGAAACGAAAUUUUUAAUGCGAAAUAUUGUAUCGCCCAUAACGCACUUUAUUGGAAUUGUGUGCCUUCUGAUAAUAGCCAUCAUCUACUUCAUAAUGCCAACUUUACGUGAUCUUGUCGGUAACAUUGUUACCACAAUCAGCAUGUGCCUUAUUGUCAGCCAAGCCGCUGAUUUAAUCCGACUCUUGACGGUUUUUGAUAGCCAUAUAAGCCUCAUUAUUAGCGAUACCAUUUGUUAUUUCAGUCUACUGGGGGCGUUUUUCUGGCUAAAUAGUUUGGGUUAUUACAUUUGGAAAACCUUCAAGUCAAGGAACGUUUUUCUGAGAAUUACAGAUGGGAAAAAAUACUGUUAUUAUUCGAUGUAUUCAUGGUCUUGCACGCUCUUGUUGGGCGUUUUGGCCGUUUUUGCCCAUUUUACCAUGGACUAUCCCGAGGACAAACCGCAGCUUGAGCAAAAGGAAGAAAUCGGAUCCCUGGGGAUAAUCCUAUUUUUCGUCCCCGUUGCCGCCACAAUAAUAAUGGACAUAUUUUUCUUCGCCACAACAUUAAAAAUCAUAAGCCGAAUGCACACAUACGGUCGCAUCCACCAUAAAUUAACCCACAGCUUUCGCAUGUUUUUCUUAUUAUUGCUAAUAAUGACAAUAACAUGGCUGUUUUUCCUGAUGUCAUUUUUCAAAUUCACUGGCCUAGUUAACUGUUACAUAAUAUUGAAUGCAUUCCAAGGGCCUUUAAUUUUAUACGUUUGUAUUUUCAACCAGAAACACGUCGGAUAUCUGGUACGCAAAACGUGUUGUUACGAAAAUUGCUUUUGCAAGUGUUGUCGCACUGAACCUGAACCAGAAUGGGGCGACGAAAUGACAGCUAUGAAUACGGGAAUCUAUUAGGCAGCUGAACGACAUUCCGUCCGUUUUAUCCAAUUUUGACAUUAUUUAUGUAUUUAAUUUACAUUAUUGUGUACUUAAUAUUUAUAAUAAAAAUGAUUAAACGACUCA